AUGGCUGACGUGUACGCACCGCUCGCGAGGGACACCAUCAGACUGCUCAACCUGGGUCCAGGAUCUAAGGAUGACCCCCUCUGUUGCGAUCUAAUAGACGCCACGUUGGGCAGCGGACGGCCUUAUGAGACGAUGAGCUAUCUCUGGGCCUCUGGCUCAGAGCGAGAAGAAAUGAGAGUGGGCGCGAAAGGUAGCCUGUCUAUUACGACAAGUGCUGCUAAUGCCCUGCGUCGAUUACGCUUCCCAGAUCAAGUGCGCACUCUGUGGAUGGACCAGGUCUGUAUCAAUCAGAGCGAUCUCUCGGAGCGAUCUCAACAGGUCGGCAUCAUGCACAGAGUCUACAGCCAUGCCGUGAGAGUGCUGAUGUACCUCGGCUCUGAUCCUGACCAGAUGGCCCCCUCUGCCAAGGGUUUCAUCGCUGAGCUGCAGAGUCGCUGGGACAGACCUGCUCGUUAUCGGUAUUCGGAUGAGCAGACGAUGCGAGAGGAAAGGUUGCCGGCUCCCGACAGUAUCAAGUGGAAGGCUUACAAGACUUUGAUGGGUCUGCAAUACUUCAAGCGUGUCUGGAUGCUCCAGGAAGUGAUGCUUUCCAAAGCCGCCGUGGCGUUCUGGGGCGAGGCGGAGAUGCUAUGGAUUCACAUCGCAAGAGUAGCUGCUUUCGGACAGGCGUCUCCAGAUCUAAGUCCGGAGUUUGCGGUGGAAGAAGACUGCACAAUGGUUCAUCAAAUGCUGGCUUCUGAGGACGAAGAAGCUCGGAGGCUGAAGUGGAGGAUUGGCCUGCUUUCAUAUCGCCAGGCUGCCGAUCCCAGGGACAAGAUCUUUGCUGUGAUGAACCUGGUCUCUGAUCAAGAGCGUUCUGGGUUUCAAGCUGAUUAUACCAUGGCAACGGUCGAUGUCUACAAGAAGGCCGCCGAGCAUAUCAUCUUCAAUCUCGAUCGCAGUCUGGACGUUCUACAGAAUGCUGGCAUCACAUCUCAUCACCCGAUCUUCAAGGGUGAGAGGUGGCCAUCGUGGGUGCCGAGAUGGGGCGAUACUGACUAUUCAUUCAUUUGUGGGAUUGAACCAGGUCACUUCUUGCCCUGUAAUGGUAUGCCGCUCGACGCAUCUUUGGAUCUCGACAACCCAGACAAUUUGUGCGUCAAGGGUGUUGAGGUCGGCAGGAUUCAGCAUUUGGAACCGAGAUUUCCCGCCAAGGAGCUCGAGGUUUUCGAUGGUCUUUGGGAGCUUACCAGAUUGUAG